AUGAACAACAUCACUUUCAAUCACCAUUCCUCCUUCCAAUUCCACCAGAUAGACAACAUCACUUUCAAUCACCAUUCCUCCUUCCAAUUCCACCAGAUAGACAACAUCACAAACGUCACUUUUUCAAUCACCAUUCAUUCCUCCUUCCAAUUCCACCAGAUAGACAACAUCACAAUCACCAUUCUCCUUCCAAUUCCACCAGAUAGACAAACAUCUUUCCAAUCACCAUUUCUUCCAAUUCCACCAGAUAGACAACAUCACUUUCAAUCACCAUUCCUCCUUCCAAUUCCACCAGAUAGACAACAUCACUUUCAAUCACCAUUCCUCCUUCCAAUUCCACCAGAUACCAAACAUCACUUUCAAUCACCAUUCCUCCUUCCAAUUCCACCAGAUAGACAACAUCACUUUCAAUCACCAUUCCUCCAUCCAAUUCCACCAGAUAGACAACAUCACUUUCAAUCACCAUUCCUCCUUCCAAUUCCACCAGAUGAACAACAUCACUUUCAAUCAAUUCCUCCUUCAAUUCCACCAGAUAGACAACAUCACUUUUCAAUCACCAUUCCUCCUUCCAAUUCCACCAGAUAG